AUGAAUGAAAUAAAACAACUAUUCGGUCUACUAUUCAAAACGGGUCUUUCCAAAGGUCUCACGAGUGUUAUGCAUGAGAUUGUACGCCAUAUCAGCCAACUGCAAAUGGAUGUGCAAGAUGGAUUGAUGAAGGAGUUGUACAUGAUUUUGAACGGUAAGCUCGAUCCACCGAAAAAGCCGGCUCUCCCUUCGCAAACGUUACAGGUGUCAAAUGUUCCCCUCACGAUACUAGCAUUGGAUACACUUGGCGAAUUUGAUUUUCAAAGACAUUACUUGGAGAUGUUUAUGCAGUUUAUUUCCGACGUAUAUGAAAAAGUGCAUCGUGAACAUCGCCAAUGGGUAUUAGCUCUUAUUCAUGGAGUUCUGAGAAGUCUAGUUAGCGCUGGAGUUGUUGAUCCUCGUGAGUGCAUUAAACAUUAA